CACCGCGGCCAGCAGGAGGUUGUCAGGCCGCCACCAACACCAGCAGCAGCAGCAGCAGCGACAUGGCGUCUGCAGGGAAGGGGCCGGGUGACAACCCCGAGGAGUGUCCAGUGUGCCUGACAGGUUUUGAUGACUUAGUACAGCGGCCACGCAAUCUGCCCUGUGGCCACACAGUCUGCACACUGUGCACAGAUAAGCUGAAGGAGCAGGGCCGUGUUACCUGUCCGGAGUGCCGCGUCAGCCAUGCCGUGCCCGAGGGCGGGCAGUUCCCUGUCAGCUAUACAAUUGAGGCCUUAAUAAGAAGGCUGAGAGAUGGCAAGGCGGCGGCAGCCUCGCCGCCACCCAGUGCCGGGAAGGGGAAAGGGGCAGCAGGAUCAGCUGGCAAGAAGAGAGCAGCGGGUCUCUCCAAGAAAAUGCGUUCCUUUCUGCAGGAACAGGAGGCCACAGUUGUGGCCGCCAUCACCGCCUGCCAGGAGGCUCAGUCCCAGCUGGACCAGUAUGAGGCCACCCUGACAGGCUGGGUCGAGCGGCAGCAGCAGCUGGAGGACAGCCUCCAGGGACUGAUGGACCAGAGCAGGAGUUCCAGGGAGCUCCUGCAGCAGGAAAAGUUCCGUGUGGCACCGAAGAGGAAGGAGGCAAAGAAGAAGGAGCAGGAGCUGCAGGCUGUGCGGGAGACGUUGCGCACUCCUGCAACAGAGCAAGAGGCAUUCAAGGUUGUGAGUGAAGUGGCUCAUUACGUCAGUGAGGCGGAGCAGGUGUUGGAGGAGUGCCAGCAGUGUUUCCCUGACGCCGGCAUCGUCACCACCGCGAGGAAGGUGAGAGAGGCAUCUAGUGCAGCCCUGGAGGCCGCCAAGGCUGUCCAGGCGGCUUGGGAAACUGUUUCUACAGAAGAACCCAGUUCCCAGUCAGACCCAGACCUCACCAUCAUGGAAAAAGUGCAGUUCAUAUUAGAGCCAAGUUUUACCCUUAGUACCCCACAGCACAAGUUCAGGUGA